AUAAUGAAUGAUUGUAACUCUUCUUUUUAUUAGGAAUAUCAUUAAUAAGUUUUAACUCCAUACUUUUGAUCUUCCCUCCCAUCUAUAUUUAUAUUUCCUUUAAAACAAGAUUGGAGGGUCUGGAAUUGACAUGCGCAGUAAAUCAAGGGUACAUGAUGCUGCUUCUCUAAUUAAACAACAAAGAGUAUUUCAACGCCAAUCCAGCAUGCUUCUGAGCUCCCAAAGUGGAACUACGAUGGAUCAAGUAUUGGACAAGCGUUCGGAGAAGACAGUGGAGUUAUUCUAUAUCCUCAGGCAAUCUUUAAAGAUCCUUUUCAUGGUGGUAACAACAUCUUGGUUAUUUGUGAUGCCUACACACCAACGGGAGAGCCAAUUCCUACAAACAAACGCCAUAAAGCUGCUUAGAUUUUUAGCGACCCAAAAGUUAUAUAUCAAGUUCCAUGAAUAAGAUGGAGGCUAUUGAAUGGUGCAGCUUGUGUGAGAUGUCGAUAAGAGUUCAAAAUAUUGUGUAUUAAUUUUAUAUUUUUUUAUAUAUUUAAUGAUUAAGAUCGUAAAAAUAAUGUUGCCUUAUUUCUUUAUUUUUAUACAUUCUUUUUAUGAUUUUUUUAACUUGACACAUAUCUUAAGAAAUAAUAAAUAGAAGAGGUAUUUUACUAUAUCAUCCAUUGAAUAUAAUAAUUUUUUUUCUUUAGAAAAAUACAAUGAGUAAUGUAUUGUAUUUAAAACCAUGGGUAAAAUGGGUUAAAAAAAGGUAAAUUAUUCA